UGGCACAGAUAAUCUGUGGUGUGUGGUGUGCUCCAUCAGCGAACGUGUAUUUUUUAAAAAUUGAUAAAAUAUUAAUUACCGGCUUUCUUAAUUACGUGCAACAAUGAAAGUCGUUUGUAAUAAAUCAAACCCACCAUUAGGGGGUUUACUGGCGGUGGAGCUGUUCAGGAGUUCUGGACAAACCAUAGAAGUAGUUUGGGGUAAUGACUCUACGGUAACCCUUCCCAAAGCUAAGCCGAUGCCAUACGGGACCAGCAACGAUUUGAUAAGAAUACUCGUAAAUGCUUAUGUCAAGAAAGCUGAUGGUCUUCAGGCGGUGACAAUGAACCACUGGCUAACGUUUAGUCUCACUUUGGAGGAUGAGAUCCCUAAGUCUAUUGAGUACUUGGACAAAACCCUAGGUCCUUUGACUUAUCUGGUGGGAGAGUCACUGACUGUCUCUGACUUGGCAGUGUUUGCAGCUUUACAUGUUUCUGGCCGAUUCAAAGAGGUAUCAAAAACAAAUCAAUACAGCAAUGUAAGCCGCUGGCUAAAGCUGAUUGGGGCCCAGGCUCCAGUCCUGAAAGCCUUGAAAGAUCUGCCUUCCGAAGCACUGGAGAGUCUGAACAAAUCUUCAUCUAGGAGGUCUCCACCAGCAAACAAAGAGGCAAGUUCUGGCAGACAACAGGAAGGCAAGUUCGUUGAACUUCCUCAUGCUGAGAUGGGAAAAGUUGUUGUACGAUUCCCACCCGAAGCUUCUGGGUACCUUCACAUUGGACAUGCCAAAGCCGCGUUGCUAAACCAAUAUUAUCAGCAGGCAUUCCAAGGGAAACUAGUCAUGAGGUUUGAUGAUACUAAUCCAGCCAAGGAAAAUGCUGACUUUGAGAAGGUGAUCUUAGAAGACGUAGAGAUGUUGGAGAUCAAGCCAGACCUGUUCACACACACCUCCCAGUACUUCGACCUGAUGCUUGAAUACUGUGAGAAGCUCAUCAAGGAGGGCAAGGCGUUCGUAGACGACACACCAGCAGAGCAAAUGAAGUCGGAGAGGGAACAGAAGAUUGAUAGCAGGAAUAAGAAUAACUCGGUGGAAAAGAACCUCCAGCUAUGGGAGGAGAUGAAGAAAGCGAGCCCAGUGGGUGUGCAGUGCUGUGUGCGAGCCAAGAUUGACAUGCAGUCCACCAACGGCUGCCUGCGGGACCCCACCAUCUACCGCUGCAAGCCGGAACCCCAUCCCAGGACUGGCACGCAGUACAAAGUGUACCCCACAUACGAUUUCGCGUGCCCAAUCGUAGACGCUAUCGAGGGAGUGACGCACGUGCUUCGGACCAUGGAGUACCACGACCGAGACCCGCAGUUCUACUGGUUCAUCGACGCGCUGGGACUGAGAAAACCAUACAUUUGGGAGUACAGCAGAUUAAGUAUGACAAACACAGUAUUGUCAAAGAGGAAGUUGACCUGGUUUGUAGAGCAAGGCCUCGUAGAUGGAUGGGACGACCCGCGAAUGCCUACGGUCCGGGGAGUAUUACGUCGCGGCAUGACGGUGGAAGGCCUGAGGCAGUUCAUCCAGGCGCAGGGCUCCAGUCGCUCCGUGGUCUUCAUGGAGUGGGACAAGAUCUGGGCCAUCAACAAGAAGGUCAUAGACCCAAUUGCGCCGCGCUACACAGCGUUAGAAACAAGCACCGUGCCAGUGAACCUCAAGGGCGUUUCUUCAGACUCCAGCCUGACUGUGCCUCUUCAUCCCAAGAACCCAGACGUGGGUAACAAGACCGUGUGGGUCUCACCAAGGUUGCUGAUCGACCAGGCCGAUGCUAAGAGUCUGAAGGAAGGAGAGAAUGCCACGUUCAUUAACUACGGGAAUGUUAUGAUUGAUAAGAUUCACAAAGCACCAGACGGCACAGUCACAAGUAUAGACGCAACAUCAAACCUGGACAACAAAGACUUCAAGAAGACCCUGAAACUGACCUGGCUGGCCGACAGCAAGCAGUCGCCUAUGGUCGAAACUUACUGCGUGUACUUUGACCACAUUAUAUCUAAGCCACUUCUGGGAAAAGACGAGGACUUCAAACAGUUUAUCGGCCACAAGACUAGGUGGGAAGUCCCAAUGCUCGGCGAGCCGUCCCUAGCCCACGUGAAAGUCGGCGACAUCAUCCAGCUCCAACGCCGAGGGUUCUUCAGAGUGGACGCUGCGCCGGCGCCGGUUUCGCCGCACACGGCGCGAGCGGCGCCGCUGGUACUAUUCCACGUGCCAGACGGACAUACCAAGGAGAUGCCCGGCCAGCCAAAACCAGUUUCCAGCACGCCAGCCAAGCAGCCACUAGCGACGUCGGCGGUCGGACAGCUGAACGACCAGAUCGUCAAGCAGGGUGAUCUGGUGAGGUCCUUGAAGGCUGCCAAGGCUGACAAGGCCAAGGUCGAUGAGGCUGUCAAAGCCUUGCUGGAAUUGAAAGCCAAGUACAAGGCUGCGACUGGACAGGAUUGGAAACCAUCGUCAACUCCCGCGCCGGUCGCGGCCGCCAAAUCGGGAGGCGACGCAGCGUCCUUAGACCAGGAGAUCACCAAGCAAGGCGACCUGGUCCGCUCGCUCAAGGCUGCCAAGGCUGAGAAGGCCAAGGUCGACGAAGCGGUCAAGGCCUUGUUGGAACUGAAGGCCAAGUACAAGGCGGCUACGGGCCAGGACUGGAAACCUGGUGUGACUCCUGCACCAGCGGCGGCAUCAUCGCCAGCCGGAGACGGCAAAGACCUCGACCAGCAGAUAACCAAGCAAGGCGACCUGGUCCGCUCGCUUAAGGCUGCCAAGGCUGAGAAGGCCAAGGUCGACGAAGCGGUCAAGGCCUUGUUGGAACUGAAGGCCAAGUACAAGGCGGCUACGGGACAGGACUGGAAACCUGGUGCAACUCCUGCACUAGCGGCCGCACCGUCAUCUGCUGGAGACGCCAAGAACCUCGACCAGCAGAUCACCAAACAAGGUGACUUGGUCCGCUCGCUCAAGGCUGCCAAGGCGGAGAAGGCCAAGGUCGACGAAGCCGUCAAGGCCUUGCUGGAACUGAAGGCCAAGUACAAGGCGGCUACGGGACAGGACUGGAAGCCAGGCACGUCUUCUGCCCAGCCAGCCCUGCAGCCAGCUAAAGGCCCCGCUGACGACGUGUCUUCUCAGAUCGCCGCGCAGGGCGAGAAAGUGAGGAAGCUCAAGGCUGAGAAAGCUGACAAGGCCACCAUUGAUGCUGAGGUGAAAACCUUACUGGCGUUGAAAGCUCAAUACAAGUCAGCCACCGGCACCGACUGGACGCCAAACGCGGCGCCCGCCAACAAACCAAAACCACAGGAAACAAAGUCAGCGUCUCCACCCGCAAUGAACGGCGCCCCAGAAGGCAAGGCGUUGGAGCUAGCGGCCGCGGUCGCCAAGCAGGGCGACCUAGUCCGGGACCUCAAGGCCAAGAAAGCUGAUAAGGCCUCAAUAGACGCCGAGGUGAAGAAACUGCUAGAUCUCAAGGCGCAGUACCAAGCGGAGACCGGCACACCAUAUGCGGCACCCGCGCAACCGCGCGAAGCCAAGCCCAAGGACAAGAAGCCCAAGGAGGCCAAGCCGAAGGAAGCCAAGAAAGAGGCCAAGCCCAAAGAACAGUCGCCAAAGCCCGCCAAAGAGGAAUCGUCGACUGGUGUGAAGAAAAUCACCAGGCUAGGACUGGAAGCGAGUAAAGACACAGACCUGCCGGAAUGGUAUUCGCAAGUCAUCACAAAAUCGGAGAUGAUCGACUACUACGACAUCUCGGGCUGCUACAUCCUGCGGCCGUGGUCGUACAGCAUUUGGGACACCAUCAGGAACUUCUUGACGGGACACUUCAAGAAGCUGGGCGUUAAGGACGGAUACUUCCCCAUAUUUGUGUCAAAGGCAGCUCUAGAGCGCGAGAAGACCCACAUAGCAGACUUCGCGCCAGAGGUCGCUUGGGUGACGCACUCGGGCUCGUCGGAGCUGGCCGAGCACAUCGCCAUCCGGCCCACGUCCGAGACCGUCAUGUACCCCGCCUACGCCAAGUGGAUCCAGAGCCACCGCGACCUGCCCUACAAGCUCAACCAGUGGAACAACGUCGUGAGAUGGGAGUUCAAACAGCCACAACCCUUCCUAAGAACACGCGAGUUCCUGUGGCAGGAAGGCCACACCGCCUUCCGGCUGCAGUCCGAGGCCGCCGAGGAGGUCCUACAGAUACUCGAUCUGUACGCGCGGGUGUACGAAGAGCUGCUAGCGAUCCCGGUGAUCAAGGGCCGCAAGACUGAGAAGGAGAAAUUCGCUGGAGGAGACUACACCACCACUGUGGAGGCUUAUAUUCCAGCCAGCGGGAGAGCCAUCCAGGGAGCCACAAGUCACCACCUCGGCCAGAACUUCUCGAAGAUGUUCGAGGUAGUCUACGACGACCCCGACACGCACGAGAAGGCAUACGUGUACCAGAAUUCUUGGGGAAUCACCACCAGAACUAUUGGUGUAAUGGUCUUAGUCCACGGCGAUGACCGCGGACUAGUGCUGCCCCCACGCGUAGCAGACGUACAAGUCAUAGUCGUCCCCUGCGGAGUGACCGCUUCCAGCACGCCGGAACAACGAGCCAGCUUGCUCGCCUCGUGCAAGCAGCUGGUGGACCAAUACUGCGCGGGUGGAAUCAGAGCUGAAGCAGACACCAGGGAUAACUACUCGCCUGGGUGGAAGUUCAACCAUUGGGAGCUAAAGGGCGUCCCGAUUCGCGUAGAGCUAGGCCCCAAGGACAUAGAGCGCGGCGAGGUGGUGGCAGUAAGACGACUCACGGGCGAGAAACUCACGCUGAAACGCGAUCAGUCCACAGCUGAACUGGUGGCCUUGCUCGAGAAGACUCAUGAAGAUAUGUUGGCGAAGGCGACAAAGGACCGCGACGCCCGCUUGUCCCUGGUGACGAAAUGGGACGACUUCACAGCUGCGCUAGAGCGCAAACACAUUCUGCUCGCGCCGUUCUGCGGCGAGAUGCCCUGCGAGGAUAGCAUCAAGAAUGACAGCGCGAGAACUGAAGAUGACCCAACCACUGAAGUGAAAGGCCCGGCCAUGGGAGCAAAGUCUCUGUGCAUCCCGUUCCAGCAGCCUCGUGAGCUCUCUGCAACAGAUGUGUGCAUCCACCCAGCUUGCAAGAGCAAACCUAAGUACAUCACCCUCUUCGGAAGAAGCUACUAAAUA